UCUUGAUUUCCGGCUAAAAGCGUUUCUCAAAAACACACGUGAACUCCGGCAAGUUGUUCAUAACAUCUUAAAAAUGGAUUUUGUUGAGGUGCCAGUCUCUGAGGAUGUACCCAGUAAGAAAUGUAAAGUUAAAAAAGAAAAGAAGAAACAAAAACGCGCGGAGGAAACAGAAGAUAAGGGUCCGGAGUCUGAAUGUGCGGAGACCUCAUCUUCACGACCUGCACUGCCUCCCACUUUCAGCCUGUCUGAGAUAAAGAACAAACAGCGCAGACAGCUCAUGUUCAUGAAGCUGAAGCAGGAGAAACGCAAGCAAAAACUGGAACUGAGGAAAAAAAGAAGAAAAGAGCGAGAAGCACUUGGUGACAAGGCACCACCGAAAGAAGUUCCGAAGACAAUUGAAAACCAGAGAGUGUAUGAUGAGACGACAGUAGACCCAGAGGACGAGGAGGUGGCUUAUGAUGAAGGGACAGAUGAAUUCUCAGCUUAUUUCAACAAACUGAUAAACCCCAAGGUUCUCAUCACCACAUCAGACAGACCAAGAGGAAGAACUGUCCGGUUUUGUGAGCAGUUAGCGUCAGUAAUACCAAAUGCGCAUGUGUACUACAGAAGAGGUCUUGCGCUGAAGAGGAUCAUUCCUCAGUGCAUAUCACGAGACUUCACAUACCUCUUGGUCAUUAACGAGGAUCGAAAAGUGCCAAACGGUAUGAUUCUGUGUCACCUUCCUGAUGGACCAACUGCGCAUUUCAAAGUCAGCAGUGUUCGACUUCGCAAAGAAAUGAAGAGGAAAGGGAAAGACCCAACCGAGCACUACCCAGAGGUCAUUCUGAACAACUUCACCACUAGACUGGGCCACAGCAUCGGCCGCUUGUUUGCCGCGUUGUUUCCUCACGAUCCACAGUUUGAGGGUCGUCAGGUUGCCACUUUUCACAACCAGCGAGACUUCAUCUUCUUCAGGUUUCACAGAUACAUCUUCAAGAAUGAAAAGAGAGUAGGCAUUCAGGAACUAGGACCUCGUUUCACCCUGAAGUUACGCUCCCUGCAGAAAGGGACAUUUGACUCGAAGUUUGGGGAGUAUGAAUGGGUUCACAAGCGUCAUGAAAUGGACUCCAACAGAAGAAAAUUCCAUCUCUGAGAAUAUGUGGGGGAUGGAGAGAACCAUGAAAAUGACAACUUUCUGAUUGUGUAUUUGAACUGCAUUUUGCUAUUUCUGUAAAAAAAGCAACUAUCAUUUCUGAUAAUCUGCCCUUCUGCAGAUUUUUUGAAUAGAUGAAAUGCGAGGCCGUCUGAGAGUCUGAUCACAAAACCUGCCACGGGAAAGUGGAUGGCAGAAUUGUACAGUGGAUAUAUGUAUAUUAAAAUAUGCCAUGUACCUACA